AUGAAGCCCUCCGCAGCUGUUUUCGCCCUGGCUGGGCUGCUAUCCGGCGUCACGGCUGCCCCUGAAAAUAUUCGAGGGGAGGAAUUGAUGCUGCGGGCGCUGCCCAAUGCACCAGAUGGAUAUAGACCGACAUCUGUGAGCUGUCCGGCCAGUCGUCCGACAAUCCGUAGCGCCGCCAAAUUGUCGCCCAAUGAAUCGGAUUGGCUCGAGACUCGACGAGGCAAGACGAAAUCCGCCCUGAAAGACUUUUUCGGCCAUGUCACCAUCAAGGAUUUCGACGCCGCGGGAUAUAUCGACCGUGUCUCCAGCAACUCGUCCAACCUUCCCAACAUUGGUAUCGCGGUUUCGGGUGGUGGUUAUCGCGCUCUUAUGAACGGUGCCGGGGCGAUCAAGGCCUUCGAUAGUCGUACGGAAAACUCGACGAGCAGCGGACAAUUGGGUGGAUUGCUACAAUCUGCAACUUAUGUGGCCGGUCUAAGUGGUGGUGGUUGGUUGGUGGGCUCUAUCUACAUCAACAACUACACUACCAUUUCGAACCUGCAAACACAUGAGAAGGGCAGUGUCUGGCAAUUCCAGAACUCUAUCUUUGAGGGUCCCGAUAGUGGAAGCAUUCAGAUCUUGGAUUCUGCCAGCUACUACAAGGAUAUCCACGAUGCGGUGUCUGAGAAAAAGGAUGCAGGGUUCAACGCGUCUAUCACGGACUACUGGGGUCGUGCGCUGUCGUACCAGCUUAUCAACGCUACCAACGGUGGUCCUAGCUACACCUGGUCGUCCAUUGCUGAGACCGAGGCGUUCAAGAACGCAGACAUGCCGAUGCCCCUACUAGUUGCCGAUGGUCGCAACCCAGGGGAACUUGUGGUGAGCAGCAACGCUACGGUAUAUGAGUUCACUCCAUGGGAGUUCGGUACUUUCGACCCCACUGUUUUCGGAUUUGCGCCCCUCAAGUAUCUUGGCUCGGCGUUCGACGGCGGUUCUCUGCCUAAGGAUGAGAAGUGUAUCCGAGGAUUUGACAAUGCCGGGUUUGUCAUGGGUACUUCGUCCACCCUGUUCAACCAGUUCCUUCUGCAGGUCAAUUCGACAUCGCUUCCCAACUUCCUCAAAUCGGCCUUUACCGACAUUCUGGAGGCAAUUGGCGAGGAUGACGAGGAUAUUGCGCAGUAUACACCCAACCCGUUCUAUCACUGGUCAAACAAGACCUCUCCUGUUGCAAACCAGAAGGAACUCGACAUCGUGGAUGGUGGUGAGGAUCUUCAGAACAUCCCGGUCCACCCUCUGAUCCAGCCCGAGAGACAUGUGGACGUCGUCUUCGCUGUCGACUCCUCGGCCGAUACCGAGUACAGCUGGCCCAACGGAACCGCUCUUGUUGCUACCUACGAGCGUAGUCUCAACUCUACCGGUAUCGCCAACGGCACUGCGUUCCCUGCAGUCCCCGGACAGGAUACCUUCGUCAACAACGGACUCAACACGCGCCCGACCUUCUUCGGAUGCAACAGCACUAAUUCCACGGGCACUGGCGUCACGCCCCUGAUCGUCUAUAUUCCGAACUACCCCUACGUGUCGUACUCCAACAUGUCGACCUUCGACCCCAGCUACGAGGAAUCCGAGCGUGAUAACACCAUCCUCAACGGAUACCACGUCGCGACCAUGGCCAACAGCACCCGCGACGGCAACUGGUCUACCUGUGUGGGCUGCGCGAUCCUGAGCCGAUCAUUCGAGCGCACCAACACCAAGGUGCCAGACAUUUGCACCCAAUGCUUCGACCGAUACUGCUGGGACGGCAGCAUCAACGCUACCAAGCCUGCCGAUUACGAGCCUCAGGCUUUGUUGGGCGCGGGUACCACUCUUGGCCCUGCCUUCGUCACCAGUCUUUUUGCGGCUGGUCUGACUCUGUUUGCUCUGCUCUAA